CCCAUACGUUCAACAUGAACAAUAAAAGCAAAACCAAAGGAAAAUGGCGAUAUCCGUACAGUCGUGUAAGCUCGCUCUAACAAUUAAGUCAAAGUUUGUGCUGCUCCCGAAUACCAGUCCAGAGUGAAUAGUUUAAUUAGUGUCUGUAAGUGCCAAGUAAGCAAAUCCAGCAAAAAUGACUGAAGAAAAUAAAGUGGUAAGCAUGGAAAACGCGGCGAUAUCAUCCGCCGACGCUCCUACACCUCAAGACGCCGUUCCCACACAGAACGAUGCGUGCGCAACAGCCCAGCCCCAGUCGAAUCCGAACGCGCCUGCAAAUCAUGCGCUGCCGAAGAAGAAGCGAACGCGCCGCGGGAAAUGCAAACGGAAAAAUCCCUAUCAAAAGUAUGGCAGGAAAACGAACAAAUCGUUCAAGUUGGGCAUUGUUAAGCCGGAGGCGCCGCAUAACGACAACCAGUUCCUCAUUGAGGACCAUGGAGGCUUCGAGGAGUUGGACGAACGUUUGAGGCACAUUGAUCAGGCCUCCACAGCCAGCCUGUCCAGGACCAGGGACUCCAGCUUCAGUGUGGACUCAGAUGGAGAGGAGUUCUUCUCAUCGCCAGGCGAUGACGACACGCAGUACUUCAUGCAAGAGUUCGACGAUCAGUACCAUACUAUGAAAAUCGAGCAGCUGCAAGAGAUGACCAAGCAAGAGCUCGUGGAAAGGUACAUUGCGUUGGAUACCAGCGCCACACAAGGCAGCACAGAGCUGCUAACAAUUAUCUCUAGUCUGAAACUGGAAAUCGAGAACAAGAACGAGGAAAGGGAGGCUCUGAAACGGGAGAUCGAGCUGCUGAAGGCCCAACUGGAACAAUGCCAGAAGCAGCAGUCGGACUCCGCCGACUCCGAAACGGACUCUAGUGACUCAGACAGCUCCAACUCGCGUGAGAGCAGUAGUGGAACCUCCAAUCGGUCCCAAAGCCCCCUGUUACAGCCAGACAGUGUCGACUACACCCAAACAAACGGGCACACUACUCCGACACAUGCUAGUGUCGAUGCCGUUUAAGUGCUGGGAAUCCGGCAGUGGCAUUCACAUAACUUAAGUUACUUUAGAUUAGUUCUCCUGGGAUUUCGUUUUUGAAAAACUUACUUAUACACGUCUUAACUGCCCUUCAACUUGUGACAUCAUGGCAUAAGUAGAGCCUUGUUCUCACGUGUAGCAACAGGUAUUUCAAUUGAAAAACCUGUUGAUUCACGUUUUGUAUUAAUUAAUUGAAAAUAAUUCAAUGUCAAAGAAUCAAAAUAGAAAAAGUUGUUUUGUACUUCAAAGAGUAUAUUUGUAUAUAAAAAAAUUUAAGUACAAAACACACAUUUUCUCAUCUGAGAUUAAACCACCUGAAUAUCUUGGCAACAUAGUUUUGUGGCCAAAAUCUACUUAGUUUAUUUAUUGAAUUGUUAUACCGUUCGAGUUUUUUUGCAUUUUCUUUUACGACUAAUUGACUGUUGUGUCUAUCGCUCUUUAUGGAUUAUUCAUAGUUAUAUUUAAUGAUUAGCAAACGGUUCUAAUGUGCACUGAUUGUCUAAAAUUAAUCAGCAAUUUACAUUCGGUUAAGUUUUCGUAGUAUGUAGGAAAGAGGCAUUCUGGAGCGCCAUUUGAUAUAACAAAAAAAGCAUGAAUAGUUAUGUACUGAAUGAUCUCAAUAAUUUUAUAUUUGGACUUUUUAUAUGAAAAUGAAAAAGCACUGGGCAGUGCAGUAUUUGUUAAUGUUAAGGAAAUACUGUCUCCCAUCGAGUGGCAAACCAAAAUGCUUCAAUGUGAUUAGAAUGUUUCGACGGUUUUUUGUAUUUUAUAUCAUCUAUGAAUAGUUUACGUAUCUGCAAAAUAGUUGUAACUGAGUGGCUUGUGUAGUAAAUAAUCGAGUUUGAAAUAUAUAUAUUUAGUUCCCACACCUCAUAAA